CUCAAGUAUUUGUCUUUUUCAUAAGUCCUCUUGACCAAGACCAUGAAGUCUCUCGCCGUUCUUGCAGCACUCAUGGCCAUUACCUCGGCUGCUGUACCUCGCUUGCUGGAUGGUGAUGGAGGUGAUCUGUUCAAACGUCAAGAUAACUGCAGAACCGCUGAUAGUAAGUCUUCAAAUUACAUAAUCAGCUGUCUGCUUUCGUUUCCCAGCCAGUUUUCUAACCAGUGUAGACUUCUGCAACGACAACGACCCCUUCUUCACGAGAUGUUGCGAUGGUCUGAAAUGUAUUGUUGAGAAUGAUCCAUCAAUCGGCAGAACGAAGGUGUGCCGGUAGAAAGAAUUUGGUAUUGACACCAGGGUUUCCACUGCCA